CCUGUCACCUAACGUCAAAUUAUGGAACCAACCACCAGCUGGAUAUUUGCCCGACUUUUUCUCCAAAGAGCCUGAAUAUUGAGCUCGUGAAUGGAUAGUAUGGACGAUAGUGGGUUCGAUAGUGACCCUAAAACGUCCAAAAAUGGAUCUGUAGAAUUUAAGUCUGAAGUUACUGUCAAAAAUGGGAAAUCAACUGGAGUAAAUGCCCUGAGAAAUAUCAGACGGAGUUCCGAACUUCAAAAGAAAUUAGAACGCCAAAGAGAAGCUGCCAGAAAAGCUGCCAUAGUAGAUCAACAACCGAAAAAAUCACCUGCUUUAUUAUCAAGGAGUAGUGACAGUGCAGAGGGAGAGACCACACUAUACGAAUUAAUCGUGCCUCAUCCUUCAAAGAAUCCUGGUGAUAUGAGACUCAAUCCGGGGGAGCAUGAACCGCUAGUGGCAAUCAUGUCAGACGACAGUGACGAUGAUUUUGAUGAACCAAUAUUCAAACAGUUUUCAAACGAAGAGAUUACGCAGCAGCUGAUAAAAGAUGGUUAUAACCUGGACUUAGAACCGGACGAUGAGGAUUUAGACCUUAUACCACCGAAGGCUAUGAGCCAGGCCUGUGUAUGCUGUCAGUUGGAUCGGACGAGAUGUGUUAUACAAUAACAAGGACUUGUUGGUGUUGUUUGUGAUAAUGAGACAAUUGCGGCACAGGGAUAAAACAUUUUCAACAAUUUUGAUGUAAAUUUAGGAGGGACUAUAGGCAGGAGCUUUAUAGGGGUCAAGGGGUGAUCGUUAAUGGCUGACUAAGUUGCAUAUGGCCGUUUUCAGUUGUGGUUUGUGUACCUGAUCACCAACAAGGCACUGUUCAUAAUGCAAAAAGGCAUGAAACCCUAGAUGCGAAAUUGUUGAAAAUAUUUUAGAUCUUUAUCAGAUUGGCUGAGGGCUGGACAUCCUAGUGCAAUGUAGGAUAGGUGUUUUCAAAAUGGUUCUUGCUGGUCAGGACAUAGGACGAUGCAGACAAAGAUAUUAAGACUACUGUUUAUUGACUUCUGUAUGAGUCUGAGAGGAUGUGGAAUCUUACUCUGUUUCAUCAUUUUAGUUAUUGUGGAUAAUGUGUUUUAGGCUUGCAUUUGUUCAUCAUGUACCGGUACUUAGAUCAGGUAGAUUCAAGUGCAUAUUUGGGGAAUAGCUGUAAAGGAUAAUGGAAGUGUUGGUCAAGGGAUGAUCAGUUCCUUACCUGAUUGGACAAAUAUAUUGAGUCCACGUGUAAGAAAGUUCCUGUUGCAACAGUAAACAUUUUAAUGAUAUGUGUGGGUUUCACAGUAGAAGUUGAUAUCAUUCUGUUAGUAUUUCUCUCACCCAAUUCCCCUUGGAAUGAGCUGUCAGUUUGCCUGAAGCUUUGGGAAAGCACCAAGGUUUUGGCCUACAUUCUAGCUCCAUCUUUGCGGUGUUUGGAUAGAUAACAAACCUCCAAUUCGGUAUCAAUUCCUUAAUACAUAAGGUUUAAAGAUCUGAAUGAUACUAUUGAAUUAUUUUAUAAGUUUGAGUUUUGAGAAUAAAGUAUACAUUGCAAAUGAUGUAUUCUUUUGAUUUGGUGGAUAUGUUUGGUUUCGGAACAUGUGUCUUGAGUGUGUAAAAAGGGUGUUGUAUUUAUUUUUUUCGGCAAAUAUAUUGGUUGGUAUUUGAAUUGCCAAAAGUAGAGAUACUGUGAUGUUAUCUCUGCCAUUGAGAAAGCAUUAAAAACUGAUUACUGAUUAUGUUCAUAAUCGUAUACUUUGACAAAGAUGGUGCUUUUUUUAGCUUCAGUUAAUGUUAUGUACUGUAGCUGCAUAAAUUUAUGUCAUAAUAAAUUGGAUGAAUGAGAGACUUAUGACCCCUCUUCUUUAGAUUGGGUGUAUCCCCUGUAUUUCAUUGGCCUGCAAACAGUCCUUCCACCAGUGGAAAUGAUGACCCGCAAAGGGGGUGUGAGGUGUGACAAUAUUCGGGUUAACAUUGUAUGUCUUAGGUUUAGAGCAUGAUCAAAAUUGGAUAUAUGUUUUCGAAUUGAUGUGCAUGUAGUGGAAUAAUAA